CUAAUCUUCAAUCUGCAUGGACCUCGGUUAAUCUUGGUCCCGGGCGCCCUUAUAACGGACUCCCCCGUUGGCAUCAUUCACGAGGAAGUUGAGCAGCAGAGAAACAGCAACAGAUUGCACAGUAGAAGCAGUCACUCUGUUCGAGACACCGGGAGAAUUCUCGCCUUCGUUUCGAGUGCCAGAGGCCGCGCAACAUAUUCCUGAACCUGCAUGACCCCUCGAAUAAGCCCACUAGGUAGUUUGAGCCUGGAGCAGUUUGUCACAGCAUGUCAGAGCUACAGUCCUCAGAUAUCGAGCUAUUUGAAAGGUUGAGCUCAUAUCCCUUCGGUUCGGAUCGUGAGUUUGCAGUUGGGCUCUCCAUCAUACUAGGCCAUCCGGAAUCACCUGCAUCGGAAGAGGAAAUCAAUCGCAGUGAUGACCUUACACUACAAGCUAAAUGCUUCUACUUCUCAAGGAAAGAAAAGCUCACGCCACCACUCGAUUUCUCGACCUACAAAGCUUGGUUGGAAUCAGCAUCAACAUCUAAGUCAGCCGACCUUUCAUCACCAGGCCCUACAGUGGACGUUCCAAAGUCUCAAGAGGAGCCUACAUAUCCUUCAUCCUUCGCUCAUAUAGUCGAACUCAUCACGACCGGUCAACCAAUCCCUGGAAUCCAGCAAAUUCCAGACACCGUCUUGACAGGCCAUGACAAACCGAGCGAGAAGCCAGAAAGGCGGAAACCAUGGGAGAAAGGGAUAGCUAGCAAAUGACGGGAUUUAAGUGCUCAGCGAUAAAUCCAUGGGCUGCAACUGUCCGGGACCUGAAAAUCUACAUUGCCAAUGGGUGGCUUCUGAUGAAGUCCGGAGUUAUGGUCAGCAUGCAAAUAUCAUUAUUUCUGCAAAUCGCAGGGUUGUGAAGGAUAACAAGCUUCGGACAAAUGAGCGGCUGGUAUGAUACAUCAGUUCAUAAUAAAAAUAUCAUCCCGACGACUAGUAGGUGAAUUAGAAGUGUUCGUUC